AGGAUACUUCACGUCUGAUUUACUUCUGACUUCACAAGUGAUUUUUUUGCCAUGGAAAUUUCUCUUUUUGUUUCUAGCACCGAGUGGACUUUCUUCAGCUGAUGAUUAACUCCCAGAAUUCCAAAGAAAUGGACACUCAUAAAGCUCUAUCUGAUUUGGAGCUGGUGGCCCAAUCUAUUAUCUUUAUUUUUGCUGGCUAUGAGACCACUAGCACUUCUCUUUCCUUCCUUAUGUAUGAAUUGGCCACUCACCCUGAUGUCCAGCAGAAACUGCAGGAGGAGAUUGAUGCGACUUUCCCCAAUAAGGCAUUGCCCACUUACGAUGCCCUUGUGCAGAUGGAAUAUCUGGACAUGGUGUUGAAUGAAACUCUCCGAUUAUACCCAAUCGCUGGUAGACUUGAGAGGGUCUGUAAGAAAGAUGUGGAAAUCAGUGGUGUGUUCAUUCCCAAAGGGACAGUGGUGAUGGUGCCAACCUUUACUCUUCAUCGAGACCAGAGUCUCUGGCCAGAGCCUGAGGAAUUCCGACCUGAAAGGUUCAGUAGGAAGAACAAGGACAGCAUAAAUCCUUAUACAUACCUGCCUUUUGGAACUGGACCCCGAAACUGCAUUGGAAUGAGGUUUGCGAUCAUGAACAUGAAACUUGCCCUUGUUAGGGUCCUGCAGAACUUCUCCUUCAAACCUUGUAAAGAAACACAGGUCAGAGAGAUAACGUUCUGCAUAAAUAAUCCCCUGAAAUUAAAUGCUCAAGGGAUUAUUCAACCUGAAAAGCCCAUUGUUCUCAAGGUUGAGCCAAGAGAUGGGAGUGUAAAUGGAGCCUGACUUUCCCUAAGGACUUCCUUUUGUUCUUCAAGAAACUAUCCCAGAACACCAGAGACCUCAAUUUCCUUUGAUUAUGUGGUUUCACUCAUGUAGGGAAUAUAAGAAAUAGUGAAAGGGGUUGUAGGGGAAAGAAGGGAAAAUGAGUGGGAAAAAUUAGAGAGGGUGACACAGAAUGAGAAACUCUUAACUCUGGGAAAUGU